AUGUCUCCUUCAGUCUACCAUUCCGCAAUUCAGAUAGCAGUCCUUCGUCACAGCUUCAGCAGCCGAGAGGACCUCAGCAACAUGCAGCUGACCGAUGCAAGCGGCAAACUUGCUCAAAUAGCAGAGUCGCUCAUGCAGACCAUCAGCGAAGAUCCUUCCUUAGCAUCAUCCUUAUUGUCACCUCAACAAGGAGAGGGCAAAGCUAACAGAAAAGCAACCUCAACGUUUUCAGGAGAGGCGGAUGCGAUGGUAGAUGUGACAGCGGGGAGCUCUCCCACGCAAUCAUCUUCGAUCGAGGAUGGAGAGGACAUACCGGCCCUGACCCUGACUGAACUGCUGUCGCUCAAGGAUGUAGACGCAGCGUGUCAGACAGAUCCUGUCAGUCUAAGGUAUCCAGGGCGACGAAUUCAAGGUAUUAGUUUCCAUACUGACGGACUUGACCUCGACAGACAGCCUGUGCAACUCUUUGAAGAGUUGCAUGCUUUCUGGACACAGCACGUGAGUGGACGGCAUCCGCCGCAGCUAUUCGAUGUUGUACCCAUGGAACUUGCAUUCGACACCAGAUUGACAAGGACUGCAGAUCAUAUGUCCAAGGCGAUCGUCGAUUUUCGCAAUGGCGCUCGUCGUGCCAUUCAGGCUGGCGCGAGGCUGGACGAUAUCUUGGGCAGCAAUAUGCCUUCUUUGGAGACUUUCCACAGCCAAGAUCCAAACACCCCAAUUCACUCUGCUUGGAGUUGGGCUUGUCAAUUCACUCGAGCUUUUCCAGAACUUCCACUUACCACGCAGCUCUCCACCAUCUAUCUUGUAGGCAUACAGAUGCGGUUCUUCAUCCACCCUAACGCCGAUACCUUUGACGAUUUGCCUCCAAUGCUCCGACCUCUCCGAAAGCAAUAUACUGUCGAACACGCGGCGAGCAUUGACAUUUGUUAUUUUCCAGCCCUUAAGGACUUCCUACUUGACAAUCAGCACCAAUAUUCUUCCCUUUUCAUCAAGAUAAUUUCAACACAAAGCUGCAACUGGCCUUACAGUGAGGCAGCAUGUUUUAACAACUGUAAUCAACCUUCUCAUACAUCGACCUUGUCACGUGCUUUCAUCGAGCAUAUUCGGAACGGCCAGAACUUCACAAUCGGUGCAGAGAUCUUUGAAGAAGCGCCUCAGCUGAAAGCGCACGUGCGCUGA